CCCUCCACAUUCUCUCCCCACCCCUUCCCUCGGGGGCUCCCCUUAUCUCCUGCGGCUCCACCUCUAGCCUCUCCUCUGGGCCUCCCUGAGCCUCCCUCUCCUCCCGCCCUGCCCCUGUGGUCUCCCCGGCUCUCUGCUUCCUCAGCCAGAGUCUUCUCCUCCUCACUAGUCCCCUUCCCCCACCCUUGACUCCUGGCAACACCCCCCACCCCCCCACCGCCUCUGGCAAGGCCCCCUGCCCGCUCAGCACAUUCACUGCCCGCCUCCUCCCCUGACCAGGCCCAACCCCUGGCCUCAGGCUUGGCCACUUUGGGGCUCUGCCUCUCCCUGGGUCACUCUGACACUUCCCAGCCCCAGCUAGGUGGCCCUCAGCCUCACCCUCCCUGGGACUCUCUCCUAGGCCCCCGGUUCUCCCCUCCUGGGUCUGCCGGCUCCCGUGCACCUUUCCCGAGGUCUUACCAGAAAACCAGCCCCGACACGCCCCAGCCCCAUCCCUCAGGCCUGCCUCUUGCCCUCCCCCGCUCCCCUUCUCCCGCAGCCCCGCCCCAGCCCCUCCCGGCCCCUGGGGCCCUCCCAGCCCGCAGCAGCUCCCCUCCCCGCCAGUGGACCGGCUGGGCUGGGCUGGGCUGGAGAACAACACCGGCACCUCCGGACCGCGGAGAGAGCCGGACCGAGGCCCAGGGUGCUGGAGUUGGCCGGAGCUGGCCCCAGAGCAGCUCCCACAGCCGCCCCUUCCCUGGGCCAGGUCAUGCGCUGCCCCAAGUGCCUUCUCUGCCUGUCAGCGCUGCUCACACUCCUGGGCCUCAAAGUGUACAUCGAGUGGACGUCCGAGCCCCGGCUGGGCAAGGCCUACCCAGGACCCCGCAGCACCCUGCCAGGCCCCACGCCAGCCAGCACUGAGCCCACCCUGCCGGCCAACCUCUCGGCCCGUCUGGGCCAGACUGGCCCCCUGCCCUUGGCUUACUGGAACCAGCAGCAGUGGCGGCUGGGGACCCUGCCUGGAGUGAACAGCACAGAGGCGGGGGUCUGUGGUGCUUGGGGGGCCGCCGCCGCGGCUGAGAUCCCCGACUUCGCUUCCUACCCUGAGGACCUCCGCCGCUUCCUGCUGUGGGCCGCCUGCCGGAGCUUCCCACCGUGGCUGCCCACAGGUGGCGGAGGCCAGGUGACCGGCUGCGAGGAUCCCGGUGACGUCCCCUUCCUGCUGUUGGCUGUCAAGUCAGAACCAGGGCGCUUUGCGGAACGACAGGCCGUGAGGGAGACCUGGGGCAGGCCAGCCCCCGGGGUCCGGCUGCUCUUCCUCCUGGGGUCCCCAGUGGGCCAGGCGGGGCCGAACCUCGGCACCCUGGUGUCCUGGGAGAGCCGGCGCUACGGUGACCUGCUGCUCUGGGACUUCCUCGACGUUCCCUUCAACCAGACACUCAAAGACUUGAUGCUGCUGGCCUGGCUUGGCCGCCACUGCCCCGGCGUGAGCUUUGUCCUGCAGGCCCAGGACGACGCCUUCGUGCGCACCCCUGCUCUGCUGGACCACCUGAGGGGCCUGCCGCCUGUCAAGGCCCGGGGCCUCUACCUGGGUGAGGUCUUCACCCAGGCCAAGCCUCUCCGGAAGCCCGGAGGACCCUUCUACGUACCCGGGUCCUUCUUCGAGGGCAGCUACCCGGCCUACGCCAGCGGGGGCGGUUACGUCAUCGCGGGGCGCUUGGCACCCUGGCUGCUGCAGGCAGCAGCCCGCGUGGCCCCCUUCCCCUUUGGCGACGUCUACACUGGCCUGUGCUUCCAAGCCCUGGGCCUGGCCCCCAGGACCCACAAAGGCUUCCUCACGGCCUGGCCGGCAGACCGCACUGCUGACCCCUGUGCCUUCAGAGACCUGCUGCUUGUGCGACCCCUCAGCCCUCAGGACAGCAUCCGGCUCUGGAAACAGCUGCAGGACCCUGGGCUCCAGUGCAGAGCCCCAGAGGCAGAGGCAGGGAGGGGUGGGCAGGGCAGCCCCUGAGGGGUGAGGAAGGAGGUCCUGGAAUGGAGGCUGCUUGAGCCCCUGCUGGGCCUUUUCUUUUUGUUUUUGAAACAAAAACACGCUCCGCAUUCUGAGA